AUGUAUCUUUUACGCAGACCCAUUACUCGUCCUCUAAUAAGGCUGCAGGCAUGCCAACUCUCCUCCAAAUCCGAUAGCAAUGACUCACCGGCGGAUGAUGAACCUUCUAUUGAUGCAACAACUACGACAACUUCGGCAACCAAGACACCAGAUACAGACAACCUCCUCUCCAAAUUGUCUGGCGAAACAUCAGCGGACCGAGGGGUGGGUGGUCUUCUUGAUGUAUUAGCGAAAUCCCGACAACAACGAGAAAGUCCGGAUUUUUACCUUGCUAGUUCAGGAGACGGCUCAGGUCCAUCCCAGCGCGGAAGAGAAACAACUGCAGACGUAUCUCGACUUCUCAAAGACAUGCUCGUUCACACAUCUCCCAUGUACAAAAUAUACAUUAAUUCUAGUUUGAAUAAUACUAUCGUCACGUUGGCAGAUCAUCAUGGGCAAGUAGUGUGUACCAAAAGUGGUGGGGCUGUCGGAUUCAAAAAGGCAGAAAGAGGUGGCUACGAAGCUGCUCAUCAAGCUGCAAUGGCAGUGAUAGCAACCGUAAAAGAAAAGAAACUCAAAGUAGGCGAAGUCGAAUUGAUAUUAAAAGGAAUUGGGCAAGGACGUGAGGCUGCUUUUAAGGCUUUGGCUAGUCCUGAAAAUUCAUGGUCAAUAAAACAGAUCACGGAUGCUACCCCAAUUCCGUUUAACGGUUGUCGACCACCCAAAGUGCGUAGGUUAUGA